AUGACAGCAAUGUUCAUCAAACACAAAACUUUUAUGUUUCCUUUGUCGUUGUUAUUACUUUUGUUCUUUGCGUCGACAGAUACAAAUGCGAUGCUCAUCAAAGACAUGUAUGCAUUUUGCAAGGAGACAGAAGACGUGAACUUCUGCUUGAAAUACAUUGGAACGGACGUACGUAUUAUAACCGCACGCGACUUCAAUGACGUGCUUUUAAUUGCGAUUUCUCAAUGCCAAUAUCAAGUGAACGAUGCAGCCACACAAAUCGACAAAGUCCGCCAAAAGUUUAGUGGUCCGAUAGGAACUCAUCGAAUAGUUUAUUGUCAGAACUAUUACGAGUUAGCAUAUGCUUUGUUCCGAAAAGCUUAUGAAGAAGCAGAAGGAGGAGAAUUCGCAUCCGUAGCUCAGAUAUCUGCAACGGAUGGGUUAAACUAUAUGCGCAAGUGCGAAGACGAAUGGAAAAAGAAUGGACCGAUACAAAAGUCUCCUGUCACUUUCUAUCUCACAAAUGUUGUCAAAUUAUUAUCUAUUAUUCAAGUUAUUAUCGAAAAGAUUAAUGGCUAG